UGAUUGUAAAUUUGGCGCAAAUGACCUUCAAGUGGAUAAAAGGAACUAGCCGGGUUUAUUGAAGGUUGGACGUAUCUAGCUGAAUUCAAGAUGGACAGGAAACUUCUAUUGGCUAUUACUCUCUUGCUGGCAAUAACAAAGGACAGUGCGCAAGGUUUCUUAGAUGACAAAACACUGCUUACAUUCGUUGAUCGUCAAAAAUACAACAACCUGGUACUUGAAAGAACUUCUGGUUCGCCGGCCAUUUCUCUCUCACUGCAAACGCAAAAUGUCAGAAGACGAGAGCGUCGGCAAACAAUUGGAAGCAUUCACCAUGAUAACCCUGUUGUUACUGAUUUGUCUGCAUCGCAGCAUUGUCAAGGGAUUUACCUGCGAUGGAAAAGGCCUCCUCUACCUGUCAGCGCACGUAACGACUACACGAAUUCGGAGUUUCGACAUUAUAAUGUAUACCGUAGCUCGCGUUAUUUCACGAACGUAAACGAAAUGACUCCAUAUGCUUCUGGGAAGGAGCACUUGGAGCUUCGCGACUUUAUAAAAGUUCAGUGGAUGGAUAAAGACCCAAUCACAAAUGACCAUGUUUGGUAUGCUGUUACCAUAGUCACGAGGGAUGGUAAAGAAAACAAGGAAAUAACUCCAGCAAAGACAAUGUACAUUGGAGCUUUUGGCGGAUCAACAUUCAGAAUACCAAUAACUCCUGGUGUUUUGAAAGGCAUCACAAAGAAUCAUGCUUCUCUGUUCAACCCCACAAGAAAUGAAUAUUUCAUUGCAUGGGAUGUGGACACCAACCGCGAUCAGAAGCCUGAUCGUAUAUACACUGCAAGACUGAGUCCUUCUGGUUUAAUAGUGGGAAGAAACAUCCUCGAUGUCACAGUUAAUUUGCCUUCAGCUGUUCAAGGAUGGCCUACCGUUGCAUAUAACCCGAUCACGAACGAGUAUCUGGUAGCAUUCCAAGUCAAAAAACCUGGAUUCUUCAGUGGAAAGCCAGUUAUUGUGGGGCAGAGAAUAAGAGCAACUUCUUUGGUAAGAGCCACAAACCCAAGUCUUCUGCUGAAUGCAAAUGAAAACAGAUUGGGAAGUCUCAUCCAGACAUCUGUUAUAAAUCCUCAGUUACUUUUUAAUCCAGUGAACAACGGAUAUGUCUUGUUAGCGGAAGUGAUUGGUUUAGAUGCCAGACAUUCAAUUGCGAUGCUGAUCAGCGACUCACAAGCCAAAGGAAUACAUUCGUCAAAGAUUUAUGAAACAUAUGCUGUAUCCGGUCGUGUCUUUUACGACUCGCAAAGAAGAGAGCUUUACAUUGUCGCCCUUGUACCAAACAAAGCUAUUAACCAGAACAGCGAAGUAAGGCCCAAGCUCCCGUAUGCGUUAUUGGUAACUAAACGAAAUGCAACCGGCGGUCUGUUGGGAGCAGCCCCUGCAUUUGCUUUAGCUGGUGAAACGAAUCUUUUGACACCAUCUAUCACAGGCUUUUAUGAUCCAGAAAGAGAUAGGUUAAUGUUGUUUUGGAGUGAUAUCGUGAAAGGCAAACGGAUAAUCAAGACAUCAAGAGUUUUUCUUAGUGGCCAGGUGAGGGCUGUAGAGUUUUUGGACAAUCAUGAGGAGCACCUGUGCCCUGUACCUGUGAGUGUACAAAAUCCCUUUGCUGCACCCCUGCCAACAUCUUCAGGGCAAAUUCUCGUCUGGGAACAAUACCAAUCGGGAAGGACUAAGCUUGGCAGCAAUCUGGCCAAAGAGGAAGCCUUCCAGUUUCAAGGCAGAAUGCAAAAGGGGCCUAUAGCUGUCACCAACUCGCAAGGCAAUCAAGUAUUGGUCACCUGGAAAGAGGUAAUAAAAGCGGGACAAGUGAAUAUAUUUGGGAGAAUACUAAAACCUGUCUCACAUCGGUGUGCAUUUUGCUCUGCUCCAAAUGUGUGCAAGCGAGAAAAUGUCUGCGUUCUUCCGCAUAAAGCAAAAAAUCCGUGCUCCAAGAAUAAUGGUGGAUGUUCCCAGGUUUGUUUGAAAUCCUACGAAGGAGCAAGAUGCUCUUGCCGCGAUGGAUUCCAAUUAGCUAGUGACAAGCAAGCAUGCGUUAAAGGGAGUCAGUCAGUAGCGUUUACAAUCCUGGCGUCAUCAAAACAGACAAUUUGGAAAGCAAGCGUAAUGAAUGAUGGAAGAUUGAAAAUUGACCGUUUACCAUUCAGUGGUUUAAGUAUAGUUGCUCUCCAUCUGGACAAGAAACAGGAUACCCUCUAUUGGAGUGAUGUUGACAAUUCGGUUAUUUCGAGAGCCAAGAUGGAUGGAACGGGAAAGGAGAUCUUUAUGGGUAAUGUAAGGGCAGACGGAAUUGUCGUCGAUGAAGACAACGGCAAAGUAUUUUGGACGGACUUUUUAAAUAAAAGAAUUGAGGUAGCUGAUACGAAUAAGCAGAACAGAAUGGUUCUUGUGUCAAGUGGGGUUGAGCAGCCAAGAGCAAUCGCUAUGUGCAAACUGAAUGGGGCCACUCAUAUCUACUGGACUGAAUGGGGAUCCCAGGCUAAGAUUGAAAGAAUCCAGUUGGAUAGCACAUUAAAGAAAGUUAUAAACAGGCGUGUGAUUGUGUCGUAUGGCCUAGCUUGGCCAAAUGGAUUGACUGCUGAUUGCAACAAAAAUAUGCUUUACUGGGCAGAUGCACAAUACGACAAGAUAGAGACGUCGGAUUUAUCGGGAAACAACAGGCAAACGUUGGCUGGCGCGUUAGUGCAACACCCUUUCUCUGUCGCAGUAUUUGAGAACAACCUCUAUUGGUCAGACUGGGAUGGAUCAAUCUAUAGAGUGGACAAAACAACUGGCUUGGGUAAAGAAGAUAUUCUUUCGACAAUAGAGCGACCGACUGGUAUUUUCAUCAUGAAAGGAAAAGUCAAGAGUACGAAGUCCUGCAAGGACCCUGGUGUGCCUGCAAAUGCAAUAAGGACAGGGGAUGACUUCACUGAGAACGCUAUCUUGAAUUUCAAAUGCAAAGAGAACUACGACCUUGUCGGAGAGUCACAAAUCAGAUGCAAAAGCGAUGGCCAAUGGACAGACAGGACACCCUUUUGCAUUGAAUCGAGAUGUUCAGAUCCUCCAAAACCAGUUGGUGGAAAUCGCGUUGUGACUGGAUCACUAGUGGGAGAUGCUGUUGUUUACACUUGUAACCCUGGCUAUAAGUUAGUGGGUAAUCAAGUCAGAAGGUGCCAGUCAGGAGGAAAAUGGAGUGGAAGACAACCCGAAUGCAUGAGCAAACCAGUUUUCAUAGAAGAGCCUCAAAACCAAACAAUACCGGUUGGAAAAGCUGCCGUUUUACAAUGCAGUGCAAGUGGAGGUGGUGAUUUGGAGACCAAGUGGUUAAAAGACGGGGAGCCAUUCCUAGUCAAAGAUAAAGAAUCUAGAAUCUUGGCGUUGGGAAAAGCCAUCUUCAUUAAGAAUGCCCGCUUUUCAGAUUCCGGUAUAUUUACGUGCGUGGUGUCGAAUGCAGCCGGACAAAUUACGUCAAGUGCAAAGUUAAGAGUGUUGGGUGAAAAAAUACCAGAGUGUGGUAUCCCCAAGUUCACAACGAGGCAGCGCAUUGCUGGAGGACGAAUUGCUGGAGCUGGUACUCACCCAUGGAUAGCGAUGUUCUGGAGCAAGACGAGUAAGAAAGUAAUCUGUGGCGGGUCACUUAUCGCAAGAAAAUGGGUUCUUACUGCUGCACAUUGUUUUGUCGGCCUGCUUAAAAGAAAAGAUCUUGAUGUAAAAUUUGGCAAAACAAGAGUCAGGAAUGAAGCACAUGAGCAGAUUCGAUCCAUCAGAAUGCUUUACACUCACCCUCGUUUUGAUCAUCCAACGUUUGAUUCAGACCUCGCUCUGGUCGAGCUUGAUAAACCAGUUAUAAUAACUGAUUACGUCAUACCGAUUUGCUUACCUUAUGAUGACAGUGACUUCAAGCUACUAAAACCAGGAGAAGAAGCAAUGAUUGCUGGCUGGGGAAGUAAGGAUAAAAAGCGCGAAGAUAAACUCAAGACAACAAAAAGAUUGCGAGAGGUGAAGAUACCUUUGGUUGAUCAUGGGCGUUGUAAUAGCGCCAUGUCACAUCCGUUGACCGCCAACAUGUUUUGUGCAGGUGAUGGUGACAAAGGAGAUGCUUGCAAAGGAGACUCUGGAGGACCUUUGACAGUAUGGAAUGCCAAAACAAAGAAGCACGUUCUUAUUGGCGUUGUGAGCUGGGGAGAAGGCUGUGGCAAGAAAGAUGCAUUUGGCGUUUAUGUCAAAGUGUAUAACUUCAUUGACUGGGUAAAUUCAAAUAUUUCGUGAACUAAUGUAUUAGGAAUGUAGAUGCCAUGGCGUAGGCAUGUCGCCGACUUUAGAGGAAGAUUCAAUUAGCCUUGACUACAGUCAAGGUUGUUGUAUAAUUUACACAUAAAAUUUAGAUAUUAACCACCGAUUUAAAUUUCCAUCUUAAAAAGUUACCUAAUGAUAAAUAUAUAUCUCUAGAGAAAGAAGAAAAGGACUUGCCUUAAAAAGGUCUGCAAUGUCAUUUUGAUUUAAAAAUUCUAAUUUCAAUUUACAACAUAUUUUAUUAUAAACUUGAGCCUGUUGUACUCUGAUGACGAGCAGGCAAAUAUUUUGGGACAGUAUGUAACCUUUUUGGCUUGUCAAGCAGAUUUGUAAAACAUGUCAUUCACCAGUCAUAUCUACGUGCUAAGUAUAACGAUCUUUCUUGAUAAGCCCAUCUUGUUAUCAUUGACUGUUUGAUCUGUGAUCUGUGAUUGUGAUUUUAUAACAAUUUAUCAAAUUCUUUAACCGAAAGACGCAAGACAAAUCUUAAGGCCGAUUUCCAUUUGACAUUUUUUGUGCGUGCGGGCACUGUAAGUAAAUGGCUAAUUCUAAGAGAACCCUCCCCCCUCAACAACACCCCUGAAAUAAAAGUAUCCUUAAGUGAAAGUAAUAGUUUGUAAAAAUCAGCUCCUUUUUUUUCAAGGGCACUUUAAGAGCAAUAUCGAAAUAGAGCCAUAAUGUGAUCUCUAACACCGCUUUUACUUUCUGACUCAUUGUAUAGCAGGGUUCUUAAGUAUUUUGAGUGCCGGUCUAGAAAUGCAUGAAGAUUUUCAUCGGGGGCCACUGGGUUCUCAACAAAAAACGGCUCGAAAUGAAAUUCAGAUCUCAUACUUACUAGCUAAGUUAGAGGUAAGAUAGACAGGCCUAUGAUUUCGUGUUAGAUUCUACAUUCAUAACAUCUAUUCAGUGUGGUGCUUAUUUUCAUGAAAUAAAUGUUUGAAAGGCGGAUGGUAGAAGGUAAAGGGGGAACCAACGAUAACAUUUAAGGGCAUGGUGAUGAGUGAAUGCUGGAAAGAUUGGCUCUAUGUGCAAUAUAUGGUGGAUUCACAGGCCCAAGGAUAACUAUCUGGGGGGAGGUUGGACUUAAAAGCCUCAAACUGUAGCAUAGUUCAAAAACCAAGACAAAAAUUCAAUCUUUUACCCGGCAAAAAUCUUUAAUGUGCCGACAAACAAAGUGUUGGGGGAUACUUGAAAAUUCGUAAUAUGCUCCUCGGUCCUUGCAUGUUGCCGGAUGAAUGGAACAUUUAGAGACGCCCUUUCGUCUUUGGCAGUGAAAGUUGAUGGAAAUCAGGGACGCCGGAACGACCAAGCGGCAAAAUGUGGCGGGCUUGAGUGAAAGGGCAUUUGAAAGGGCAAUUAAUUCCCAGCUACCAACAAUUCUUUCGUAACUGUCAUUUUCUUUCGAUUUUCUGUCGGUAUCUUAAAAAUCGGCUAAAUUUUGGCAUAAUAUUCAUUUCAUUUUU